AUGAGCAAGUCUCGAAGCUCGACUUCCGAAUCCAACCGUGGACCCUCCGAGGAGGAGCUGAAAUUGCUCCGGGCCAAGUUUCACAAUCGCUUCCACAAAUUUUCGAAUGCCCUAGAAACUGGGUAAGAUAAUAUCAGAAAACUCAUGUAAAACUAAUUCUUGACAUGUUAUAAUGUAAUAUAAACUACAGUAACUAAUAUUAGCUAAUACAGUUCUUUCAUCGGCUAUUUACAUUUCGCAGUCUGCAAAAGCUAGGCCGCAGGUCGAAACCCCGAAAAUUCUGUAAAACAAUGUUUUUUUGACAAAACAUGACGAAAUUUGACGAAAUUUUGUCAUAAAGAGGUUCUUCGGAUUUUUUUAAUCAAAGUUUAUUGCAAUUUCAGCGUCUAGACCAUGUUUUUAUCUUUUCGCGACAUGCAUACUGUAAUAUUGUUUUAAAGGACAUUUAAAGUGUAACGUCUCGCUUUCAGUGGAUUGCGUAUCAAGGCGAACAAACAGGAGAAGUCGACGAUAAAGAAGCGCAAAUCCAUCUGGGAUGAGGAAUUUGCUCCCACAGUGUUUGAGGAAAUCAAUGGAACCCUGCGGCCAGCGCCGGCCAGAAUGUAUAUCCGGUAAAUUCAUUGCUUGUUUGGUUGCAUUUUAGUGACUUUGGAUUCAUGAACAAGAUGAAUAAUAAUAAAAAUACUAUAGAGAUAUGAAACCGAAGAAACAGGUCGAAUCGCCGGUACCCAGCGAGGAACGGAAAGUGAGGAAAAGACGGUAAGAAAUGUUUUUCGACAAAUAAAAUGGAAGUUUUUUUUAUUAUCUAAUCUAUCUCAAAUAGCAGUUCAAAGGCUUCAAAGUCCGAACCUUCUUCGGAGAGGUCACUUCGCGCUGAAAAACCGGUAUGAAUUUGAUUGUCAGCUUCUUCUUGAACAUGCUAAGGUAUCAUUUUAUAUUGUUGUUAUUUUUAGGCUAAAUCUCGGGCUCGACCCAAACUCUCCUCAUCGUCUUCGGUAUCUUCCAAGCGCGAAGCUCAGGAUCUGAAUGUGGCCAGAAGAGAGAAAAAGAAGAAAAAAGUGAAACGGCCGAAGGAAAACAAGGAGAAAGCCGGAGCAAAACAGGUUGAUUCCAAACCUGGCCUGAUUCCAAGUGUUGAGGUAAAACUGUAAAUUUCUUAUUGAUUUUCAUAUUUAGGAACAGGACGCACUUCCUGGUAGUGAAAGAGAAGCAGUUGAACAAGCAGAGCCGGUUCUGGUUGACGCCAAGGCGCCUGAGACUGAGUCUGAAUCUGCCAAGACGCCAGAGACCCCGUUGACGUCGGGAGAUAUUACUCCACUCACGUCCGGAACUAGCAGAAGCUCGAUUGAUGUUUCCUUCAGAGACAUUGAAUUUUCCGAGGGCGGAGUGCCUCGAGAGAAGUCGGAGGAACCUAUUUCGGAGCGAAGCAAGAAUGCCAGGAAGAAGGCCAAGAAAAUGGAGAUCAAAAAGGGUAAGCCGAGGUUUUGUUUCUUGCUUUAGAUUGCAUAAGAAUCGGAGAUUUUAUUAUUUUAUGUCACCUAAUUUUAGUGUUGAAAGAAAAAUUGUUCGAAGAACUGACGGAUGAUAUUCAGUUGGACGACAAAGUCCUUCAGGAGAUUGCAGAGGACUUGAAGAAGGGAAAGAAUUAUGAUCCAAAGUUGAUUGAUCAGAACAUGGCCAACAAAAUCUUGGAGGCCGAGAAGUCUCCAACCGAGGCAGAAAUGAAGAUGAAGCAAGAAGAAGUGAGUUUUUUCAAUUAUGCUUUGUCUUGCUUUUAGAUACUCCUCCGACAUGUUUUUGCAUCAUUACAGCGUUGUCUAUGUGUUGCAUUUGCUCGUUUUCACAUCUGGUUUCAAGUGUAACAUAAUUUUUUCUAGGCAUACGAAAAGAGUGAAGUAGCCAACAAAAUUGUCAACAAACUCACCCACAGCAAUGUCCUUGGCAAGGUUUUGACACCUGAAGAGUCGAAGAUUCUCUCUCAAUACUUUAGUGGAGAGGUGCAGCUAAAUGAUGAAGUCCUGAAUGUCCUCAACACUGCCCUGGAGAAGAUCCUAGACCGAGCGCCCGAGUUCUACGACAAUAAAGAGGAGAUCAAGAAGUUUGUUGCGAAUCGAGAUGCGGCAAAGAAGCAGCUCCUGGACGCGUUGUUGUCGAGAAACGCCAGUUUCUUGAAGAAUCUGUACACAAAUGCUUUCUUUUAUGCCGAUAUGAUCAGCAAAGGAUUCUCGGAAGCGGUGAGAUAUGCUGGAGUGGCCAAAGACGGGUUGGCUCAAGGAUACGCAAAAUCGGUUUCGGUUAUGAAUGAGAGUUACAGUCAAGGAAAGGAAGUUGUCAACAAGACCUAUGCUGGUAAGGAUAAUAUUUUUUGUUUUAGUAUUCGAUCUUUAGGUAUCUAAUAAGUGAAUUAUAUACAAAUUCGGUUUCAGUUAUGAAUGAGAGCUACAGCCAAGGAAAAGAAGUUGUGAACAAGACCUAUGCUGGUAAGGAGAAUAUUUUUUGUUUUUUAUUCGAUCUUUAGGCGUCUAAUGGGUCUAAAUCAAUAAUAAUGGAUGUAAUUUUAGUCGGAAGAGACGUUGCUCAACAGGCUAGCCGAUAUUAUAACCCAGCGGCGUCGAUUACAAAGGAUUUUGUGGAGAUGGCCAGAAAGGAUUACGUCAGUGAAGAAGAGGAUGCAGAGAAAAAAGAGAAGGAGAAGAAGGUCUGGGAGGAAGCAGGAUGGCUGAAACGGACCUGGUGGUUCAUUGUUAAGAUUUUUGUGGUCCUUGCUCAAGAUACGUCGAUGCAUCGACGAAUUGGAGAGAGUUCUGCUGCUGAAAGAGAAAGAAGAAAUGGUAAUAAUGGAGGUAAGAGGUCAUUUUGUCAUUUUUGUGACGGUUAUGAUGGAGAAUUUGAAUAGUUUUAUAUUGUCCUUGCUUAUUUCAGCCUCUCAACAAAAUGAUCAGGUCCUUGAAUCUCCCAAAGACCCAAAAUCCCCGGGAUUGCAACAAAAUGGGACGGAAAGUGAUCUUCUCCGCUCAGAUCGCAAAAUUGCGUCGACUGAAGAUGGCAAACAGUAA